AUGACUGCCAUAUUAUAUACACAUAACGAAUUCAUUAGAGGAAUUGUAGCUGAAUGUUUAGUAAAUUACUUCAAAUUAGACAUCAAAAUUAUCGAGAUUACACAAGAUGUCGACGCUUUUCUUAAGAACUUCCCAUUGAAGGCAAUUCCGGGCUUAAUUACAUCUGAUGGCUCCAAAUAUCAUGAGCAAAUUGCUGUAAACAAUUAUAUUAUUCAUUUGACCGGAAACAAAGAAGAAAUCGCCAAAUUAUUGAGUACAUGUGAUAAUUACCAGGAACAAAGUGCUAUUCUUCAAAUAUGUUCCUUUGUUACGUCCGAUUUCUUGAAUACUUUGGUAUUAUGUGGUCUUAAGGAUGUAAAAGGUGUUCCCAUCUCUACCGAAACAGAAAAAAAUGCUGGUGAGACUCUGGAGAUUAUGUACAAAUUGUUUGAAGAAAAACUAGUUAAACACAAGUUCUUAGUGAACGAUUCCAUCACUGUAGCAGAUCUUGUAGCAGCUGCUAGUUUUUCAUUCGGGUUCCUUACUUUUCUUGAUGCUGAAUGGAGAAAGAAACAUCCUUUAAUCUCUCAAUGGUUCCACAACGUUGCUGGAUCCAAAUAUAUGGAAUACCGUUUCAAAGAUUUUAAGUUUAUUGACAAAGCAAUCAAAGUUUCUUCAACCCCACUACCAUGGUAUCCUAAAAAUUGA